AAUAGCGCGAAAAAGCGCCACCUGUGAACUUGGUAGCGAAGAAAAAGAACGUCGCGAAUGCGUUAUGCGAAUAUCGUACUCGGUAGCACGGUAGCAGGUGUCAAAAGGUUAUGCAGUUAUAAUGAAUGAAAAUCCAAAGAAGAGACAACGCGUAAAAAGAUGUUGUGUAAUCGGAUGUACGAACGAGAAUUCCAGCGAAGAAGUACCAUAUUACUAUUUUCCAACAGAUUCAACCGAGUGGAAAAAGCUGAGACGACAAAAAUGGAUAGAUGAGGUUGUCCAACACAACAAACAAAAAUAUUGGGAACCAAAGAAGAACACAAUGAUAUGCGCUGCUCACUUUACAGGAGGAAGAAAAAGUGAACACCCUCAACAUCCUGCAUUCAACCCCACAAUUUUUCCUGGUCAAUCUUCAAAAAAUAUAGAGGAACAAGUUACAAGAUUUGAUGGACAAAUGAAACAAGAACAAGUUAAACCUCUGCCAGUAAAGUUGCCAACAAUAACAACAGAAGAAGCAGUGGAUAAUUUGACAGGAAUGCUGGUCAAGCCAUCAGUAAUUAUUACAAAAGAAUCCACAACUACAUCACCAGCAAAAGAUGAAAAUGUACAAAUAGCAAUUCCUGAACCACUAUUUAGCAAGAUAGAAGACACGAAGGUUGAUCAAAAUAAAAGCAUGGCUAUUGAUGACCAAGCGCAUACCAUCCUUGAUUUUCAAUGUCAAGUAAACAUAUCAAAUGCUAAACAUGUAGAUAUAACCAUGCCUGACUAUAUGAUGUGUAAUCUCAGGGUUGAGAAUAAUCUUAAAUGUGCAGAAACUCAAAUCAAUCUAAAAAAUCCAACUCCUGUAAUAAUUAAGAGUCAGAAAGAAACUCUGUCAUAUAGCACAAUUUUCAAAACUCCUUGGCUACAGCCUGUAGAAUUUAAUGGCAUAUCUUCAAUAAAUUUUGACAGUGAUUUGGAAGAAAUUAGCGGAGUAAAUUUUGCAAUAUUUAAUCAGUUAUUAAAAAAAUUACCUGCAAUGGAACGGCUUACUAUUAGCAAUGCAAACAGAUUAUUAAUAUUUUUAAUGAAAUUUAAACAAGGCCUCAGUACAUCUGUUUUGAGUAUUUUGUUUCACUUGAAUUCAAGCACAAUCGAUCGGAUAAUUGAUGAAACUUUAGAGCAACUUGCAGUUUCUCUAAAAUCUCAUGUAUAUUGGCCAAAAGAUAGACAGGCUAUGACAAAUAUAAUGCCAAACUCAUUUAAAGACGAGUACAUAAAUUUUAGAGCCAUAAUAGAUUGUAUAGAGAUUCACAUAGAAGUGCCUACAAACGUUAAAGCAAGAAUAGAAUUUUAUACUAAAUACAAGACUGGCCACAGCUUCAAAAUAUUCUUCGCAUUUGCUCCUAAUGGUUUCAUUACUUAUAAAAGCAAAUGUUAUGGUGAACAAAAACGCGAUGUGCUAGUUGCAAAUGACUGUGGAUUUUUGAACCUCAUCAGUGAUAACGACGUCAUUUUAGCUAUCAAGGAUUUUCCUAAUCUCAAGACUGUUUUAGAGCGUAAAAACGCUGUUUUUGUAACACCUCCUUUUAUGGAGAAUUCUACAGAGUACACUAUUUACGCUCGGAUUUUAAAUAGUAUAAACCAAAUAAAAUUAUUCAGAAUUCUGUCAUCUAUGCCUACAAAUUUAGCUUCUAAAAUAGACGACGUUGUUCAAGUCUGUAGUGCAUUAAAUAAUUUAAGAUUGCCUUUGUAGAAAUUGUAAGACGAUUAUAAGACAAAUAAAUUAUAUAUUUUUAUAUUUUCAGCAAAA